AGAAGCGCAGCGCCGUGCCGCGCCGGGGCCCAUGUGGGGAGGAGUCGGAGUCGCUGUUGCCGCCGCCGCCGCCGCCGCCGCCGCCGCCGCCUGUAACUGCUGGACCCGAGUGGGAGUGAGGGGGAAACGGCAGGAUGAAGUUCGCCGAGCACCUCUCCGCGCACAUCACUCCCGAGUGGAGGAAGCAAUACAUCCAGUAUGAGGCUUUCAAGGACAUGCUGUAUUCAGCGCAGGAUCAGGCACCCUCUGUGGAAGUUACAGAUGAGGACACGGUAAAGAGGUAUUUUGCCAAGUUUGAAGAAAAAUUUUUCCAAACCUGUGAAAAGGAACUUGCCAAAAUCAACACAUUUUAUUCAGAAAAGCUUGCAGAGGCUCAGCGCAGGUUUGCUACACUUCAGAAUGAGCUUCAGUCAUCACUGGAUGCACAGAAAGAGAGCAUUGGCGUUACUACACUGCGACAGCGCAGGAAGCCAGUCUUCCACUUAUCCCAUGAGGAACGUGUCCAACAUAGGAAUAUUAAAGACCUUAAACUGGCCUUCAGUGAGUUCUACCUCAGUCUAAUCCUGCUGCAGAACUAUCAGAAUCUGAAUUUUACAGGGUUUCGAAAAAUCCUCAAAAAGCAUGACAAAAUCCUGGAAACUUCUCGUGGAGCAGAUUGGCGCGUGGCUCAUGUUGAAGUGGCCCCAUUUUAUACGUGCAAGAAAAUCAACCAGCUCAUCUCUGAAACUGAGGCUGUAGUGACUAAUGAACUUGAAGAUGGUGACCGACAAAAAGCUAUGAAGCGUUUACGUGUCCCCCCUUUGGGAGCUGCUCAACCUGCACCAGCAUGGACUACUUUUAGAGUUGGCCUAUUUUGUGGAAUAUUCAUUGUACUGAAUAUUACCCUUGUGCUUGCCGCUGUAUUUAAACUUGAAACAGAUAGAAGUAUAUGGCCCUUGAUAAGAAUAUAUCGGGGUGGCUUUCUUCUGAUUGAAUUCCUUUUUCUACUGGGCAUCAACACAUAUGGUUGGAGACAGGCUGGAGUGAAUCAUGUGCUCAUCUUCGAACUUAAUCCAAGAAGCAAUUUGUCUCAUCAGCAUCUUUUUGAGAUUGCUGGAUUCCUUGGGAUAUUGUGGUGCCUGAGCCUUCUGGCAUGCUUCUUUGCUCCAGUUAGUGUCAUCCCUACAUAUGUGUAUCCACUUGUCCUUUAUGGAUUUAUGGUUUUCUUUCUUAUCAAUCCCACCAAAACUUUCUAUUAUAAGUCACGGUUUUGGCUGCUUAAACUGCUGUUUCGAGUAUUUACAGCCCCCUUCCAUAAGGUAGGCUUUGCUGAUUUCUGGCUGGCCGAUCAGCUGAACAGCCUGUCAGUGAUAUUGAUGGACCUGGAAUAUAUGAUCUGCUUCUACAGUUUUGAGCUCAAAUGGGAUGAAAGUGGGGGCCUGUUGCCAAAUAAUUCAGAAGAACCAGAAAUUUGCCACAAAUAUUCAUAUGGUGUACGGGCCAUUGUUCAGUGCAUUCCUGCUUGGCUUCGCUUCAUCCAGUGCCUGCGCCGAUACCGAGACACAAAAAGGGCCUUUCCUCAUUUAGUUAAUGCUGGGAAAUACUCCACAACUUUCUUCACGGUGACGUUUGCAGCCCUUUACAGCACUCACAAAGAACGAGGUCACUCAGACACCAUGGUAUUCUUUUAUCUUUGGAUCGUGUUUUGUAUCAUCAGUUCCUGUUAUACCCUCAUCUGGGAUCUGAAGAUGGACUGGGGUCUCUUUGAUAAGAAUGCUGGAGAAAACACCUUUCUUCGGGAAGAGAUUGUAUACCCCCAAAAAGCCUAUUACUACUGUGCCAUCAUAGAGGAUGUGAUUCUGCGCUUUGCUUGGACUGUCCAAAUCUCAAUUACCUCCAUGACAUUGUCGCCUCAUUCUGGGGACAUCGUUGCUACUGUCUUUGCUCCCCUUGAGGUUUUCCGGCGAUUUGUGUGGAACUUCUUCCGCCUGGAGAAUGAGCAUCUGAAUAACUGUGGUGAAUUCCGUGCCGUGCGGGACAUCUCUGUGGCCCCUCUGAAUGCGGAUGAUCAGACACUCCUAGAACAGAUGAUGGACCAGGAUGACGGGGUACGAAACCGCCAGAAGAACCGGCCAUGGAAGUACAGCCAGAGCAUAUCCCUGCGCCGGCCUCGCCUCGCUUCUCAAUCCAAGGCUCGUGACACUAAGGUAUUGAUAGAAGACACAGAUGAUGAAGCUAACACUUGAAUCCUCUGAAGUCUAGAUUAACAUCUUUGGUUUUCCUACUCUACAAUUCUUUCCUCGACCAACGCAACCUCUAGUACCUUUCCAGCCGAAAACAGGAGAAGACACAUAACACAUUUUCCGAGCUCUUCCAGAUCGGAUCCUAUGGACUCCAAACAAGCUCACUGUGUUUCUUUUCUUUUCUUCUGGUUUAAUUUUCAUUUUCUAUUUUUAAAACAAAUAUUUACUUCAUUUUGCCAAUCAGAGGACAUUUUAAGGAACAAAAACAUAGUAUCUUAUGGAUUGUUUACAAUCACAAGGACACAGAUACCUAUCAGGAUGAAGAACAGGCAUUGCAAGGACCCUCUGAUGGGACGGUACCGAGAUACCUCGGAUUCCGCUGGGCCCGGUUUUGACUGGUUGAAACCGGACAUUGAUUUUUAAAUUUUUUGUCAGUUUAUGUGGAGAUUUUUUCCUUUCCUUCAUACCCAGCGCAAAAGCACUGGCCGCACUUGCAGGGAAAGUGCAACUUAGAGCAGUACCUUCAUUCACGAAGCUACUUUUUAAUUUGAUGUAACUUUUCUUAUUUUGGGGAGGGUUGCUGGGUGGGUGGGAAAUAUGAUGUAUUUGUUGCAUAUAGUUUUCUCAUUAUUUAUGAAACUUAACCAUAAAAGAAUGCUAUAACUCCUGUGCAGUGAAGGUGGUAACAGGAAAAGAAGACGGGAAGCUAAUGUCGGACAGCAUUUGAGGGUUAGUCCACAGUACCUCUUUCAUGAGACAACUUGCACCAGUUUGACUUUUUCUUUUCUUUCUUUUCUUUUCUUUUUUUUUUUUAAUUUUUAAGCCAAAGUUUUAUUACUGAUUUUUUAAGUUGCUGCUGCUUUACAAUCCUGAGCAUGUCUUUCAUAACAAAGCAUCUGUAUACUUCCACAUAACCGGCUGAAAUUUCUUAAGGGCCAGAUGCUUUUUUUUUCUUUUUCAAGGAACAAAAAUGUGGAAUGUAUUUGCCCAUACUCCCAACCAUAACAACUGAAGUUAUGCCUUAUUGAGCUUCAUUAUUUAGGGUAAUUGAAGUAUAAGCUUUACUGACUCUGAAGGAGAAGAUAAAGCUAUUUCGGAAACUCCCUAUACCCUAUUGGAUAGUUUUCCUUUUGAAGUCACUUGCUUUAGCCAGAAUUUGAUCAAAUUAAAAGUCUGUCUUGGGCAAACCAUAUUUGUGAGAGCAAAGAACAAACUAUCCUUCUUCUGUCACAUUACAUGAAUAAAACAGACCUUGGCAGCCAUUUCUCCCCCAGUUUUAAAGGAUGAACAUUGGAUUUCAUGCCCUCCUAUGACAGAAAACCUUUUAAGAUUUUUUUCGGUCUAAACUUGGUCAUAAACAAAAGGUAUAUUUCUUAUAGACAUUUCAGACUUUCAUGGUCUAUGCACAAUGCCCAUUUUUACUUGGUCUAAUUUCUUUCCUAUGUUCCUAAGUCAUCCAUAUAAGCCCCAAAACCCUAAAGGAUUUUGCUUCCUUGAAUGUAGUUGGCAUUAAAUUGAGCAUUUCAUUAUCUAGCAAAAUUAAUAUAAUACCAGGAAAAAGUGAAGUAUGUUUUAAUCCUCCCAUCCCCCCAGAUCCAGAUGAAGAUUCUAACAUCAACAUCAGUGGAUUCAUGAAAGUAAAUCACUUCUGUCAUUUUCAGCUUAAUCUUAGGCAAAGAGACAAAUGAGUGGAAGGGCAGCUAUUAUUAUCACUUAACUUAGUCUUGAAAAUAUAUGGCUACUGCCCCUUAUAAUACCCCUUUGGUCAGCAGCUCUUCUGCCUUGUAUUGCAAGUCUUCACUCAUACCUGUAAAGUUACUGUUACUACCAAAAUUCUAUCAAUUAACUGACAAAUAGUUCAUUUUUCAAGGCGUUUAUUCCAUUUUUAUUCUGACAAGCUUCCAAAGUUUUUUCCCUUUCCAAAUUGAGAUUUUUUCUGAAAAAUCAUACAAAUUUUUGGCUUUUGUUGUUUUUUUAUGUUUUGCCAAGCAUGUUCCUUGGCCCAAAACUGAAGAGGAAAAGUUUAAUUACUUUUUUUUAGUUUAAAUAAAUUAAAUAAUUUAUAAUAAUCAGUGGUAACAAUUUAGUGACCCUUAAUAGAUUAAAGGUUGCAUUAUUUAUACUUGGGAUUUUUUUUCUAACUAUUUUGUUUUUGUACUUUAAAACUAUGGGGGAAAUAUCACUGGUCUGUCAAGAAAUAACAGUAAUUAUUACUGAGUUGGAUAAGUCCAGUGGACCAGUCAUUUCUUGUACAAAUAAAACUGGUGGUACUAAUGUGUAUCCAGAGCAAUUUGAAUUGUCAACUUCAUUUUCUGUUAGUAACACUAUAUAAUGACACACAUAAAAUCUUAUAGUUGACUUCUAGUAUUUGAACUCCCCACUGUUUUUCUUUCAGUGUAUCCUAUGGCCAAUUUGAUAUUUCUUCAACUGUUACGAUUCUAGGCCCUAAUCAGUAUUAUUUUUUCAUAGAUAAUACAGUGUUAGAAUUUGUUCCUUUUCUUAUGUGUUUGUCCUGUUGGCAUAGUCUAUUUAAGAAUGAUAAGACUUAUGUAACUUUCAGCUUACCAUGACAGAUGCUCAAAUAAGUAUUUAAAUACACAGCUUUAUGUGCCUGGUAAAGCUGUAAAGAGAAAAGAGGAUUUUUCCUCAUCAAAAGCAGUUUGGGAGACAGAGUAAACAUUUAAAUUUUCUUCCUUGAAAAAAAGGCAAUGUGCAUUUUUCUCAUCUAAGUUUUAAAUGCUCUAGCAGUUGCCAAUGCUGUGUCCUACCUAAUAUUUUAUUGGAGAUAUCUGUAUACUGAAACUCUCAGAACUCUUAGGAAAUUAAUAUCAGAGUCAUUUUAAAGAAGCAGCAAUCUAACCAAAGGUAAAACUUUAUCUGAUUUUAAGUUGAGAAAUUCUAGUUUUAUUUGAGAAUCAGUUUAUAUCAUCACUUUAAAUACCCACCAAAGGAAUAAAAAGGAAGUAUUAAAUGAAAGAAUAAAGUCAUUGGUGUGUAGAGAAAUCAGAAGACAAAGAAAAGUGGCUUAUUUUCUACUCACAAAUAUGCACCUCUACUUACAGCUGCCUAUGCAAUUAAAAUGGAAUCCUUGAUGAGUUCAUACCAUAUAGAGAGACAAUAGAAUGAUCAAAUUUAAGUCAUUAAUUAGGUUAUAUUGGUAAUUUUUAAGAUUGGAAAGAAGUUGAAAACCCAUAUACAACUUUCUUUUCCAGUGUCUUUCAUUUUUCUCCUUAAGAAAGCUGCUUAACUUCAGAGUCAGAAGCAAUGAUGUGAGAGAAGGCCAGUCAGUAACAGUAACCUAUAUGGACCCUUAAAGAAGGAAAAUGGGGCCUGGCCCCCAGGAUCUGCAACUCCCCAAAAUUUUCAACAUGGAGAGUUUUAAGAUUUUAAUAGAUUUUACUAGAAGUAAGUUGUUGAUCUAUGGUAUCCUUCCACCAUGUUUUGACCAAAGUACAUUCAUGAUAACUAUAGAAAGCAGUUCAUCCUUUAAGAGGUGAACUAAGGCAAGUUAAGAAUAAAAAACAAGUAACCUAUUACUGAGUUGUACAGGCAUCAGAUGAACAGACAUUUAGGUAAAGAAAAAUAAAAUGAUUGUGGAGAUAGCAGAGAAGAGCGGGAAGGUGUUGGAUUGUGGCAGCAAGAAGCAGGGCAGUUAAAAAGUGUGUGAAAUCAGUGGCAUUGGUCAUGCCUCGCUGCCUCUCCUUUAGUGGUUAUGUUGUUGGUAGAGACCUGCCUUUAUUUUCCCAUCAUUUUUUUCUCCCAUCAUUUUGCAUUAUUCAGGAAGUAAUGCCCAAAUGCAAUUUCCUAAGCAAUGACUAGGAAAACUUCUUAACUUAAGGAAACUAAUUUAGAAAAUAACCUUAUCCAUGGCAUUAUUUUAUUCAAAAACUUAAAAUUCUUUGAAGUGAUUGCACUGUUUGGUAAACAA